AAAAGAUUGUACGAUUGUUGUGCCUCGAGACGUCGCUGGGGGUUUUGUCUUUUGGCCGUUUUUUCAGUUUCAAUUUCAGUCGAAUUCGGGCAGCAACGGCACACGGAAGCAGGAGCCGCAAUACGCACAAGCCCCAAAUAUUGGAAUAAUAACACAACACCAGAAAUAAACAACAAAAAAUAAACUUAUAUUGAAAGUGAAAUUUUUGCUCUGGCAAUCGCAAAUUUUGAAAUCCGUGCGGCGAGUGGCGUAUAAAAAUAAAUAUUACAAAAUUCAAUUAAAGCCAAUUGGCAGCUAAAAUCGAGACAAUUUCCAUAUAAAAAGCCCAGGCUCGAAGACGAAACGAAACACUUUUAACACUUUCAUUUUCGUUUCAAUUUCGUUUUCGUUUUCGCUGCGUUUCGUUGGGUUCGUUCGCUCGCUCGUUCGCUUCGUUCGCUUCGUUCGUUCGUUCGUGUCGUCGUCGCGAGGGACGUGCGGUGUUUCGUUGAGUGUGUUAAAUAAUAGUAAACAAAAAGCAAAGUGAACGAAAUCGGUCUGGCAAAUGUUGAAAAACUGAAAGAAAAACGAAAAUAAACCAUACGAAUCGAUUCAAUGUUUGGCAAGAUGCAUUCGAAUGCAUUUCUUCUGCUGUGUUUUGUCCUCUUUUCUGGCGUACUCCUGCGUAUACAGGCCCAAGAGGACGACGACGAACAGCCUCUGCAUCUGACAAACGACGCGUCUUUCUUUCAGCCCCAACUCCAUGACAAGCGACUGGGCCGCCAGCUGCGCGAGGAUCUCGGCCAGAGCAUAAGCUCCGCGAGCAGUGCCAGCAGCAGUCAAUCCACGUCCACGUACGAGGACGAUGACGAGGAUGAGGAUGAUGUGGAGGGCUCCAGCGAGUACUACGACAGCGAUGAGGAGCAGGGGGGAGGGAGCAGCGACAGCAGCAACGACUCGCUGCCACGAUUGCUCUCUCAGUCGACAUUCAAUCGGAUAUCGGAGACCCUGGGGGCCAUCAAUCAUGUGGGACACAUGCUGGUGGACAUGACACGAGGAGGACAAGAUGCGGCCAAGACAGAGAGUGAAAUCAGUGACGAUAAGAGCAGCACUUCCACCACAGAAGCGACACCUACUCCGAGUCCCAGUAGUGGAAGCACCACCGCGACAUCCUCUCCUCUGGGGAGAUCAGAUCCCCUGCCUGGAGUCUCUGGAAAGCUGUUGGACAGCCCCAUCACACUGUCGGCCAACAGCUUGCUGCCAGCGGGAAAGCCAGCGAAUCUGAGUGCCAUUCAGCAGGUGGCCACAAAGCGGAUCGGCGUGGAGUCCUCUCCCAUGUUCGUGGAGAACAAGGAGCUCAAGCAGAAGAAGAAAAAGAAGAAGAACAAGAACAAACAGAAGCUGAAACAGAAACCCAAUGCGGAUCCCAGCCAGAUCCAGGGCACUCAGCAGGUCCAGCAAAAGAUCAAGAUCCCAACGACCCCAAGGACCACCACCAGCAGCAGCACAAUCACCAGCACCACGAGGAUCACGCCUGUGACCCUACGACCUCUCGAUCAACUGGCUUUGGCCAGCAGCGACGAGGAGUCUGGCACGGGCAAGGAUGUGGAGAACUACUGCAAGACGCCAAGUGGCCGGGCGGGACGCUGCGAGGAUCUCAGCAGCUGUCCAGCACUGCUCCUGAAUCUGAGCAGCCUGCGGGAGUCCCUGUGCUUCAAGAGCCUCUUUGUGCCGGGAGUGUGCUGUCCUCUGUCUUCGGUUAGCACUUCGGAGAGCUCUGCCCUGCAGAGCACCACUCAAAGGCCUCUCAAAUUGACUGCAAAACCCACUACCAGCACCACCACAAAACGCACCACUGUGCGGCCUGCGACAGCCAGACCCUCGACGAGGCCCACCUCUGGUCUGGUGCUCAUUCCCCAGAAGAAGCCACCGACAACCACCACGACCACAACCACAGAAGUGCCCCUGGAACCCGAGGGCCUGGAUGAGAUUGGCAACAACAUUGUGGAUCCGGAUGAGUGCGGACAGCAGGAGUACUCCACGGGUCGCAUCGUGGGCGGCGUGGAGGCCCCCAAUGGACAGUGGCCCUGGAUGGCGGCCAUCUUCCUGCACGGCCCCAAGCGCACGGAGUUCUGGUGUGGUGGCUCUUUGAUUGGCACAAAGUAUAUCCUGACAGCAGCCCAUUGCACGCGGGAUUCCAGGCAGAAACCCUUUGCUGCUCGACAGUUUACAGUGCGUUUGGGCGACAUCGAUCUCUCCACAGAUGCCGAGCCCUCGGAUCCGGUGACAUUUGCCGUCAAGGAAGUUCGGACACAUGAACGGUUCUCUCGCAUUGGUUUCUAUAAUGACAUUGCCAUCCUGGUGCUGGACAAACCCGUGAGGAAAUCGAAAUAUGUGAUACCCGUCUGCCUGCCCAAAGGCAUUCGAAUGCCACCGAAGGAGCGCCUGCCCGGACGCAGGGCCACUGUGGUGGGCUGGGGCACCACCUACUACGGGGGCAAGGAGUCCACCAGCCAGCGGCAGGCAGAGCUGCCCAUCUGGCGGAACGAGGACUGCGAUCGCAGCUAUUUCCAGCCGAUCAAUGAGAAUUUCCUUUGUGCCGGCUACUCCGAUGGCGGGGUGGAUGCGUGUCAGGGCGACUCUGGUGGUCCUCUGAUGAUGCGCUACGACUCCCAUUGGGUGCAGCUGGGGGUGGUAUCCUUUGGCAACAAGUGCGGAGAGCCUGGUUAUCCUGGUGUCUACACGCGUGUCACUGAGUACCUGGAAUGGAUACGAGAUCACACGCGUGACUGAUCAUCGGACCGUUUCCUGGGGGGAUGAUCCGCUUAGCCUUAAACCUUAGUCUAGGUUUAGUUACUCACUAGUCUCUGUCUUACUAUGUACUCUUAAUGCUCCACUGAAUACCCCGACUCUUCCCCUUAUUUAUUAAUACUUUUUUCCUUUGUUAACUUAAUUAUUUAAUAUUUAAACAUUUAUGAAUAAAGUGUGUCCCAGAAAAUUAGUCAUAGAUAAACCGAUUUAAUGCAGUCUCUGAAUGCUAUAAAAAUGUCACUCUUAGUUCGAUUUCCAUUCAUUUGUGGUUCAGUCAUGCAACUCUGGUACUUUCUUUUCGCUUUCGCACUUUCUUUUGGCUUGAUUCCCGGCCAACAAGUGGUGAUCAAAGACGAGUGCACUGCCAAAUGCCAGCCGGAAAGAUGUGAAUUCAUAUACCAGAGUCCUGGGGAUUGUCCCAUAGGAUUCUGCUGUCGUCCUCAGUCUGAUGAAAAUAUUGAUGAAUCAAUUUGAAUAAAUAGGAAACACUAUUCCCAUUCCAA